AUGUCGCAAAAGGUUAUCCAACUUGAUGAUCCAUCGUCAGAAAAUGGACAUCGGACAAAGCUUACUGGAGCCUACUCGAUUCCGGAUCAGUUCCAGCGUGAAUUGACCGAAGAAGCAGAAUCUUAUGAAGACCCUCUAACAAGACAGAUCCAGAAGAAGGCCAUUUCUGCCCGUGAAAACUCGUAUCAGCAACGUAAGUACGAUACUCUGCAUAAGCUGGAAGAUGUCAGUGAUGGCUCGAAGCCUUCGAGCUAUCGGGAAGCGAUGACUAAUCGGUUCAAGGAUAAGCAAAAGCAAGAACAAAGGGGCGAAACAGCCCAAGAAUCGCAGCAACUACAAAAAAGAGACAAAACUCCUCCACGUCGCGAGAGAAAGCGUCGAUGGGACGUCAAGGGUCCUGAUGCAGAGGCAGAGGAGCCCAAACGUAAAUCCAGAUGGGAAGAAGAGCCAGAAGAGAAACCGCCCCCAACACCAGUCAUUGACGGUAUUCCAUUGACGGAGGAGAAUUUGAAUAUUCUUCUGCCCAGUGGCUUUCACAAGAUACAGCCCCCUGCAGAUUACAAACCGGACCGCAGCAUUCCUCCAGAUCUGACCUCGUUCAACUCUUUGACGAAUGUCGACCAAUAUAUGAUUCCAGACGAAAGCACGCUGCGUCAGGAGUUCAAGUUCUUCAAUCCGCAGCUCAUCCACGAUGUCCCUGGUUUGAAGGAAAUUCAGUUUUUCAAAGAGACUGAUAUGAAGGUCUUCGGCAAACUGAUCACCACGAAGGACACAAAUCUCGACACUCUGAGCAAUGAUGAAAGGAAAGAGAUUCAAUGCAUGAAACUCAUACUCAUGAUCAAAAAUGGCUCGCCGCAAGUCCGGAAAGUAUCAUUGCGGCAGCUUCAAGAGAACGCGCGCUACUUUGGAGCCGACCAUAUAUUCGACGUUAUUCUUCCUCUGCUAAUGAGCAAGUCUCUCGAAGAUCAGGAACGCCAUUUACUGGUGAAAGUUAUCGGCAGAGUGCUUUUCCGCCUCGAAGAGCUAAUCAGGCCCUAUGCGCACAAGAUCCUGGUGGUGAUCAUGCCAUUGCUGAUUGACGAGGACAUGGUCACUCGGCUGGAAGGGCGAGAGAUCAUUUCAAAUUUGUCCAAAGCUGCUGGUCUAGCACAUAUGAUUUCUGUCUUGCGUCCAGAUAUCGAUCACUCAGAUGACUACGUGCGAAACACGGUUGCGCGCACUUUUGCUGUUAUUGCGUCUUCGUUGGGGAUUCAGUCGCUGCUACCAUUUUUGCGCGCCGUCUGCGGGUCCAAAAAAAGCUGGCUCGCUAAGCACACGGGAGUGAAGAUCGUGCAGCAGAUUGCCAUUUUGAUGGGGUCGAGCAUACUUCCAUACUUGAAUGGCCUCGUGGACUGUGUUUCUAAGGCAAUCACAGACGAAAACCUGAGUGUGCGCACACUGGCAGCAACAGCUAUCAGUAAUCUAGCCGAGGCUUCUGCGCCUUAUGGAUUUGAUGUUUUCGAAAAAGUUCUUGAUCCUCUCUGGCAAGGUGUGCGCAGACACAGGGGCCGUGGACUCGCUGCGUUUCUGCUUGCAAUUGGGUACAUCAUUCCGCUGAUGGACGAGGAGUAUAGCAAUUACUAUACCCGCGAAGUGUUCAGGGUGCUUACCAGAGAGUUCUCGUCUCCGGAGGACGAGAUGAAAAGGACGGUUUUGCGGAUUGUCAAGCAGUGUUGCUCGAUGGAGCGCGUGGACAGUCGUGUGUUCAGAGAAGGCAAGAUUAUCGACGAGUUUUUUUCCAAUUUCUGGAACCGGCGCACGGCGCUGGACACACGGAUAGAGAGGAUGUGUGUGGACGCAUCCGUUUCGCUUGCGAACAAGAUCGGCCCGAACGGCGUGAUCGAGCACAUUUUGGUGCCGAUGAAGGACGAGUCAGAAGCGUUCCGCCGCAUGGCCCUCGAGACCGCCAGUAAAGUGGUCACCUCUUUAGGCUCUUUCGACCUGGACGACAGAACCGUGCAUAGACUACUGGACGGGUUACUUUUCACUUUCCAGAGACAGACCACCGACGACCGCGUUGUUUUGAACGGGUUCGGCAACAUUCUCGUGUCGCUGGGUGUUCGGGUCAAGCCGCACAUCAUGAACAUCAUGAGCGCGUUGCUCUAUCGCUUGAAAAACAAAACGCCUGAGGUUCGGCAGCAGGCUGCUGAUUUGAUAGCCCGUAGCAGCGUUGUGUUGAAGAUCUGCGGCGAGGAAGACCUGCUUGUCCGGCUGUCGUCGAUUUUGUACGAGGCGCUCGGCGAGGUGUAUCCUGACGUUCUGGGCUCGAUCUUAACUGCCAUGCGCAGCGUUAUCCAGAAUUUGGGUGUGGAGAUGACGAACCCGCCAAUAUCGCAGAUCCUGGCCACGUUGACACCGAUCCUGCGGAACAGACACGAAAAGGUGCAGGAGACUACGAUCAACCUUAUCGGAGACAUUGCCGACCGGGGCAAGGAGUACAUUAACCACCGGGAGUGGAUGCGGAUCAGUUUUGAGCUGCUGGAGAUGCUUAAGGCGCGCAAGAAGCAGAUCCGCAAGAGCGCAAACACCACGUUCGGGCUCAUUGCGCGUGCAAUAGGGCCCGCAGACGUGCUGGUGACGUUACUCAACAAUCUACGGGUCCAGGAGAGACAACUUCGCGUGUGCACUGCCGUGGCCAUUGGAAUCGUGGCGGAAACGUGCUCGCCGUACACCGUGCUGCCGGCGAUGAUGAACGAGUACCGCUACUUCGACCGCAACGUGCAGAACGGUAUUCUGAAGUCCAUGUCGUUCAUGUUCGAGUACAUUGGCGACAUGGGGGCAGAUUACGUCUAUGCGGUUUUGACGCUGCUGCAGGACGCUUUCACAGACCGCGACCUUGUGCAUAGACAGAUUGCCGCGACCGUGGUGAAGCAUAUGGCACUGGGCUGUGCGGGGUUGGGUUACGAGGACGCAUUUGUCCACUAUCUGAACCUGAUUUGGCCAAACGUGCUGGAAACCUCGCCGCACGUCAUUGUUCGGAUCCUGGAGAGUGUGGAGGCCAUCCGGGUUGCUAUUGGGUACGGGAUUGUGAUGAACUACGUGGUUGCCGGGCUGUUCCAUCCGGCCAGCAAGGUCCGGCACGCGUACUGGCAGGUCCACAACAGCAUGUACCUAAACAACAGCGACGCUCUGGUGCCGUACUAUCCGCGGCUGGAUUGCGUCGGGAAGGAGCUCAAGGCGGAACCGCCGCGUGUGUGCUUUGACAAAACAGACUACAGCGUGAAGGAGCUGGAUUUGUGGUUGUAA